AGCUAGGCAAAGGAAUGGAUCUCUUGCUGUUUUUGCCAGAAACUGGUUUAGAAUUCGACGAAAUCAUAUAUUGGAAGAUGCUUUCAGUCAGAUGAGUGCAUUGUCUGAAGUUGAUCUUCGAGGAUCGAUACGUGUGUCUUUUGUUAAUGAAUUUGGAGUUGAGGAGGCAGGAAUUGAUGGUGGUGGUAUUUUUAAAGAUGUCAUGGAGAACAUUACACGGGCAGCCUUUGACGUGCAGUAUGGUUUAUUUAAGCAAAUUGCUGACCAUUUGCUCUACCCCAAUCCUGGUUCGGGAAUGAUACAUGAGCAACAUCUCCAGUUUUUCCAUUUCCUCGAAGUUCUUUUGGCAAAGGUCAUGUUUGAAGGAAUUCUUGUUGAUAUACUUUUUGCAACAUUCUUCUUGAGCAAGUUAAAACAGAACUUUCAAUAUCAGGUUCACUGGACAGCUUGGAUGUUGAUGAGCUACGGACACAUACUACUUAUUCAAGUGGUUAUCAUAGGAGACUGGCAGAUGGUUUAAGUAGCUUUAAAACAAGUAGAAUAAAUCUUAUUGAUUUACCUGGUUCCGGAGGCAGAAGCUAACAGGUGCAGCUGGGGAGCGCUUGAAGGAAGCACGCAAUAUCAACCGAUCACUCUCACAACUCGG